AUGAAAAAUCGUUUAUACGAUUACAUCUGCAUUUUCGUCGUGCUCGAGAUAUUACAAUUGUCAAUUGGUUACGCGAAAAUUAUCAGUGAUACUCGCAGAACAAAACCAGAGAUAUCUGUUGCUAAAACGUCACAAUUAAAAGAAGACACCAACUAUGCAAAAGAAAUAAAUUUGCAACACGAAGAGAAAAGUGAUAAUGAACUUGAAGAGGAUGGUACGUAUCACGACGAUACAAGUAAGCAACGUAAAAUUUUGAAGAAAGCUGCAAAUUUCAUGAGCUCCAACGACUUACAUCCAUCAAACGCUGAAGAAUCUUUCAAUCGUGACAAUGUACCCAGCUACCUUAACUCGCAACGCUCAAAUGAGGAUUUAGAAAAAACGGAAGAAGCGGAUGAAGAAGCGACAAAACGAAAACGCGAUAAAAAUGAAAAAGUGAGCAAUCUCAUCCGCUUAUCUCGAAACAUAAAUGAUGACUUCAACAGAUAUACCGAUCAGGAUGAGAGAUCGAGUUUGUACGACGAUUACGAGGCAAAAGACAUCGCAAAGCGUGGUGUUUUAAGCGGCUCAGAGGAUUACGAGGAAAUGGAAGACGACUUGUUAGGAAUAGAAGAUAUGGCUGCAGUGCAAGAAUUGACAAAUGAAGCCGAAAAGAGAGAAACACAGAAGGAUGCUCGGGUGAAAAGAGAUCAAGCGGAAAUUUCAGAAAUGCUUGAUAAAUCCAGAUCAAAUCUAGACAAUCCAAGAAAGUUAGAAGAAUCAAAAAUCACAGAAAAAAAUCCUUACUUGCGCGAAGUUUCUCGUACCGAAUUAUCGAAAAAUUUUAACGAAGCGUCUGCACCCAACACGAUCAAUAAUUUCGAAUUUAAGGACGUGAUAUCAAAGUUAAGCGAUUCUUCCAAAAUCCAAGGACCAGCAAACACAGUUGCUCUGCUCAAGAAAGACGAAUCAAACGCAGAAUACGAGAAACGCGUGGAAGAGGAAAUUCAACGGAAGAUUGAUUUGAUUAAGGAGGAAAUUGAACGAGAUAUUGAAGCGCAGCAACGAAUAAGAGACAUCGAAAACAAUAAUGCUAGAUUCGACGAAUUGCAGGAUCAAGAGCAUGAGGAUGAGGAAAGACAGAACUUCGAGAAUGAAUCAAUCAAAAAGCGGCAAACUAUAGCCAAGAGAUCUGUACAAGAGAUUGCUGAUGAUGCUAUCACUUCUUCUGAGAAAAGUGAGAAGAAACGAUCUUUGAAAAAAGAACAGAAUAAAAAACGGCAACAUCAAUCUAAUAAGAUCGGUAUAUCGGAUAUUUCAAAACAGAAUGGAAAUCUGAAAAGACAAGUCUUGACUGAUAAGCCUUCUGAGCAAGUUCCUUCGAAAGAGCUUUUCACGAAGAAACGCAAACGUGUUAGACAAAUUUUUUUGGUGAAUAACGAUCAGCUUCAGACAAAGAGAAGACAACUGAGAAGCUACUUGUUGCCAUCUGCUCAAGCAGUCGUCAGAUUCAAAGAUGAAUUAUUUAUGAAUCCCAAACUGAAUUCGUGUUUCCAUAUGGACAAUAGAAUGCUCGAAAAAUCUUCACCAGUUGGCAGCGAAGAUGAAAUUAACGAGGAAGAACAGAGCCCUACAGCAGAACAGUCAGAUUCUUUGGUACCUCUUAUUGGAAGUUCACAGGAAUUAAGUCCACGUUUAGAAAAAGAGUACAAAGAGGCCUUUGGUGGAUUGCAGAGUGAGCCUGGCAAUGCUCUAGCCAGAUUCAAGAGGGUCAAACGUGUGCUAACAAACGGUCCUAAUACAAUUUAAAAUUUUUAUUAAGGUGUACAAUGACAUAGAUUAAUCUUUUUAAUA